AUUAAAAUGUACUAAUAAACCCCCAAUCAUGCAAAUGACAAAUGUAUAAUCCUCCAGUUCAGAUUCUCCAUCUUCUAUUUCUACCAUUAUAAAAUCCCACUCCUUUUUCUCUUUGCUUUUCCCACUAACAAAAUUACAAUAAACCCACUCUCUCUCUCUUUCAUUUCCAUUUCUCUGUAUUAUUUGAGUUUAUCGAGUAAAUGCAAAGCGGCGUAGGCUGCGAAACCUGACACUAAGCAUACACAGUCACUGAUCACUAUUGAUCUACUGCUCUUAAAUAGCUGCAAAAGUCAAACUUCUAAAAUUUGAUUCCGUUUCUAGUCAACCAAAUUACUAGUCAAGUUCAGUUGUUUUUCAAUUGCUUUCUAAAAACUAGCAAAAUCAGUAUCAUAGAAAUAUAUUUAAAAUGCUGGAAACUGUAAAGUACCUCAUCGGCUCAGCCGGUUCGAGUGGCUUCGGCUCUAAAUCAACCGCCGAACAAGUAAUCCACGGUUGCGAUCUCCGUUCCACCACCGCAAUUAUCACGGGUGCUACUUCAGGAAUAGGCGCGGAGACGGCGAGAGUGCUGGCGAAGCAAGGAGCGAGGCUUGUGCUACCGGCACGGAACAUGAAAGCGGCGGAGGAUGCUAAAUCGCGUAUAAUAUCAGAGUUUCCUGACUCUAAAAUCAUCGUCAUGGCUCUUGAUCUUAGCUCUCUUAACUCCGUGAAAAACUUUGUUGCUGAGUUUGAGUCUCUUAAUCUGCCUCUCAAUCUUCUCAUAAACAACGCAGGAAAAUUUGCACAUCAGCAUGCAAUAUCAGAAGAUGGAAUAGAAAUGACCUUUGCUACUAAUUAUCUCGGUCAUUUUCUGUUAACAAAGCUGUUACUGAAGAGCAUGAUAGAAACGGCAAAAGAAACGGGCAUCCAAGGAAGGAUAUUAAACGUUUCGUCUAGUAUUCAUGGAUGGUUUUCCGGCGAUAUGAUCCGAUAUCUCGGAGAAAUAUCCCGAAACAAAUGUCAUUACGAUGCCACACGUGCUUAUGCUCUCUCCAAACUCGCUAACGUUUUGCAUACAAAGGAACUUGCUCAGAGACUGAAGCAAAUGGAAGCCAACGUGACAGUCAAUUGUGUGCAUCCAGGAAUCGUACGAACCAGACUCACCAGGGAACGAGAAGGCCUAAUCACAGAUUUGGUGUUUUUCAUGGCAUCAAAGCUCUUGAAGACAAUUCCCCAGGCUGCUGCUACAACCUGCUAUGUGGCUACUAGUCCGAGAGUGGUGAAUGUUAGUGGAAAGUAUUUUGCGGACUGCAAUGAAUCUUCAGCGUCGAAACUGGGAUCCAGCUCAAACGAAGCUUCAAGAUUAUGGUCCGCCUCUGAAAUCAUGGUCUCUAGAGACCCAAAAGCAGUUUUUGACCCACUCAUUGCCCCUGAAUAUGGUGCCUAAAAAGGGUUAAUAAUUAUUAGGAAGGAAAAAGACAUGAAAAACAAAUCAAGUAUAUUCAGAAACGAAAGAUAUUUAGCAUAAUAUACAAUUGUAUACAGCUUAGAAUAUGUUAAUAUGUGAUAUAUAUAAUGCUUUAAAUGUACUGGCUAUUUAGUUUGUUGCUAA